AUGUCUGGAAAAUCGAAUUUGUUAUCAUCCCACUCUCAAUGCGAUUGUUCUGUGUCAAAGUCAUCAUCAAGGAUUCAUGUCCUCGGGCUUGGAAGUAUCGGCACCUUUACCGCCCAUGGUCUGUCCGAAAUCCCCAGCAGGCCCUCCGUCACUCUCCUUCUUCACCGCGAAUCGCUGCUAGGUGGAUAUCAGGAGAACGGAAACCAAAUUCUACUUACAACACGAGAAGGGUCCCAAAUAGGGUACAGCGGCUAUGACCUGGAGGUACAUCGAACAAAUGGAUGGUAUCCCGAGCCUUCAUCACCCUCGUCGGAAGCCAUAAACAGCAGCAUCUCCCACCUCAUCAUCAGCGUCAAAGCAACACAAACCGUUUCAGCACUACAGCCCCUGAAGCACCGCCUAGACGCCAAAUCCACCAUCCUAUUCCUCCAAAACGGCAGCGGUAUGAUCGACGAAGUCAACGAAUCAUUAUUCCCUGACCCCCAGACACGACCCAACUACAUAAUAGGAGUCAUCUCGCACGGCGUAACGCUCAAUCGGCCAUUCGACGUCACGCACACCGGCUUCGCAGCGAUGUCCUUGGGAUUAGUUCCCCGCUCAGAAGAAGCACCCCAUCCCCAGGAGUUUUCAAGUUCAUACCUCCUCGAUAAUCUCCCCCUAUCGCCGCGGCUAAACGCAACAUCCUACCCCUACACCAAAGUCCUGCAGAUCCAGCUUGAGAAACUAGCCGUCAACGCCUUCUGUAACCCUCUUUGCGCCUUGAAUGAUGCGAAGAAUGGUUUUCUUUUUACUCUCCCCGACACGCGGAGGGAGAUUCUCACGGAGAUCUCGAAUGUCGUGCUUGCGUUGCCAGAAUUGAGGGAUGUUCCGGGUGUAGAGGAGCGGUUUGCUGUGGAUAGGUUGGAGGCGACAGUGAAUGCGAUUCUCACUAAGACUGCUGAGACGACGUGUUCGAUGGUGUGGGAUUUGAGGGCUGGACGCGAGACGGAGGUGAGGUUCAUUAAUGGGUAUUGGGUGAAGAGGGGGGGGGAGGUUGGGGUGAGGACGCCGGUGAAUGAGUGCUUAGUGGAGAAGGUGACGAAAAGGAGUCGUAGAGAGUUGAAAUAA